UGGAAAUUUACGUUAACCUGGAACGGAGACGAGAAAGUGGAAAAGAUCAUUUUUUCACUGCGUUUUUGGAGGAAAAAAAAGACAAUUACUUUAAAGAGAUACAAGAACACACCUCCAUCUGCCCUGUGAUGGAUAGAAUAUAGUGCAAACGUGCGUAUGACUGUUUCGUAUUUCUCUCUACAGCGGAAAAGGAAUUGCUAAGAAUACUUCAUACAAACUGGAUUUUAUUUUCCUAACGGGACGCACGCAUUAGGAGUUGGAGUUGGGGCAAAUGAAUGCUUAGAAGGAAUCAUUUGACCCAAAGGCAGUGUCUAAGGGUUGGGGGAAGACUAUGUUGGAUCCGUUGCGGAAAGAAGGGAGCUGGACGAAAAAGAUGUUGUUGCUGCUGUACAUGGCCCUGGAACUUAUGACUGCUCACUCGUCGGUUCUCCUGGGAACUCUGGAGCUCCAGCUAGAUGAGGAACAGCCUGCAGGCACCAUCGUGGGCGAUAUCACUGCUGGCCUGCCCCCUGGUGUCACAGCCUCCCAGUACUUUAUUUCUGACCACCAGGGUACUGGUGUGGGCAGCGACCUCCAUAUAGACGAGAAAACUGGCAUCAUCAAGACUGCCAAGGUCCUGGACCAUGAAGUGAGAGACCGCUACAGUUUCAUUGCUGUCACCAUGACUGGUGUGACUAUGGAGGUGAUCAUCACAGUGAAUGACAUCAAUGACCACGCACCGACAUUUCCCAGGCAAAGAACCACCUUCAAAAUUCCUGAGCAAACUGCUAUUGGCACACGGUUUCCCCUGGAUUCUGCCACCGAUGCAGACAAGGACCAGCUGACAACACAGGGUUACCUCAUCAAAGAUGGAAAUGAGGGGCAGAAGUUCCUUCUGCAGACCAAGAGGGGAAGCAACAAAGGUCUUUCCUUGGAUCUUGUGGUUAAUGGCAUCUUGGACAGAGAACAAAAAUCAUCUUAUACUUUGCUCCUCGAAGCCUUUGAUGGUGGGUCUCCAAAGAAGACUGGACAAAUGAUCCUUGACAUUAUUGUGCAGGACAUAAAUGACAAUGCUCCAGUUUUUAACCAGAGCCGCUACCAUGCUGUCAUCAUGGAGAACAUGCAACCUGGCAACAGCAUCCUGCAAGUGUUUGCUAAUGAUGCUGAUGAAGGGGACAAUGGCCUGGUUUUAUAUGAGAUCAACAGGAGGCAGAGCGACCCUGACCGCUAUUUCUCUAUUGAUCCACACUCUGGUGUGAUCACACUCAGCAAGCCCCUGGAUUACGAAAUGCGCAAAGUCCAUGAGCUGGUGGUGCAGGCCAGGGACAACGCCAGCCAGCCAGAGGUCACUAACACUUUUGUCACUAUCCAUGUCCGUGACUACAAUGACAACCAGCCCACCAUGACCAUCAUCUUCCUCAGUGAGGAUGGCUCUCCUCAAAUCUCAGAGGGAGCACAGCCAGGCCAGUUUGUGGCUCGGAUUUCUGUUUCCGAUCCCGAUUAUGGCGAGUAUUCCAAUGUCAAUGUUUCCCUGGAGGGUGGGGAUGGCAAGUUUGCCCUGACCACCAAAGACAACAUCAUUUACCUUAUCUGUGUGGACCAGAUCUUGGACCGAGAGGAAAGGGACUCCUAUGAGCUGCGAGUCAUGGCCACAGACUCUGGCACGCCGCCUCUCCAGGCAGAGUCUUCGUUCACUAUCCAGGUCACUGACGUCAAUGACAAUCCGCCACUCUUUGAGCAGCAGGUGUACACACAGGCCAUACCAGAGGUGGUUUUCCCUGGGAGUUUUGUGCUGCAAGUCACAGCCAGGGACAAAGAUCAAGGGCCCAAUGGUGACAUCCACUACAGCAUUCUUCAAGAUUAUGGGACUCACUCGAACUGGUUCACAAUUGACUCGGCCACGGGGAUAAUCACCACUGCAACACAGCUGGAUUACGAGACUGAUCCUAAACCCAGUCUAAUCGUGGUGGCUUCCGAUGGGGGGCAACCACCUCUGUCCUCCACAGCUGUGGUGAACAUCAUACUGCAGGAUAUAAAUGACAAUGAGCCUGUUUUUGGAAGGAGCUUCUAUGAAGUGUCCAUCAACGAAAACACUCCAGCAGGAACCUGCUUCUUGGAGGUUACAGCUACGGAUGCUGACAGCGGCUCGUUCGGGACAGUGACCUAUUCCAUCGGCUCCGGCAUCGGGAGCUCAGCUCCCGUCCAGUUCACUGUCGGCAAGGAGACGGGCCAGAUCUGUACCGUCGUGGCUCUCGACCGGGACCAGGGCCCUUCCAGCUAUGACUUCACUGUCACCGCAGUGGAUGGGGGUGGCCUAAACUCCAUGGCCUACGUGAAGGUGUCCCUAGUGGACAUCAACGACAACAGGCCGUACUUCUACCCUCUGCAGUACGCAGUCAGCCUCAGCUCACAGAGUGUCCCUGGCACCUCCGUCAUCCGUGUGAUGGCUCAUGACCCUGACGCGGGGGACAAUGGCAAGGUGACCUACCACAUUGUCCCAGGAAGAGGCUCCGCCUACUUCACCCUAAACAAAGACACAGGUGUGAUCUCGCUGUCUCGCUCCCUUCACGGCAAGGCCAACUCCAUCAUCUCCAUGGUGAUCGCCGCUCAGGAUGGCGGCGGGUUGGCCGUGCCCGAGAGUGCCCGCGUCAACAUCAGCGUGGUGGCCGGCUCAGUGGCGCCUCCCAUGUUUGAGCGGGCGCAGUAUCGCUUCACCGUACCUGAGGAUGCGCCGCGUGGGACCGAAGUGGGCGGCGUGCGAGCCGGCGGCUCCGUCGGAGCCUCCCAGGGCAUGACCUACUCCAUCUGCUCGGGAGACCCAGAAGGCUACUUCGUGGUGGACUGGGAGACGGGCGUCCUGCGGACCAACAAGCCCCUGGACCACGAGGCGCGGCCAUCGCUGGAACUGGAGGUGCAGGCGAGCAGCGGAUCCCCGCCGGCCUUUGGCCAAACACGUGUACUCAUCACCGUGGCUGACGUCAAUGACAACGCACCCAGCUUCCAGCCCUCGUCCUCCGAAUCGUUGCUGCUGCCCGAAGCCACGCCCUUGGGCUCCGUGGUGUACCGUGUGCGGGCCCACGAUCCUGACUCGGGCCCCAACGGGAAGCUCACCUUCGACCUGGCCCCCAGCAGCGCCUUGCGCACCUUCAGCAUGGGCCGCCAGAGAGGGGAGAUUCGCCUGGUGGGGCCAUUGUCAUACGAAAGUGUGCCACGUUACGACCUGCUGGUGACGGCACGGGACGAAGGGGCACCCCAGCUAAGUGCCAUCUUCACAUUGGUCGUGCACGUCCAGGCUGAGAACCACCAGGGCCCCGUGUUUGAUGCACUCACCUACCGCGUGGAGCUGAAAGAGGGUACGGCCCUCAACACGCACUUCCUGCAGGUACGGGCUCUCAGCCGGGAGGCCGCCGGGCCGGCCGCACCCCUAGCGUACCAUCUCCGGCCCGACGGCGACGCGGCAGGAUUCGGCAUCGCCCCCGACAGCGGCUGGCUCUUCGUGAAGAGUGCCCUGGACCGUGAGACCAAGGAUCUGUACUUCCUAACGGUUCUGGCGACCUCGGGCAAUGGGCAGCUCAAGAAGACGGGCAGCGCCACUGUGCGGGUGUCCGUGAUGGACGAGAACGACAACGCACCCCGGCUGGCCCACGACAUGUCCUUCCUCGCCGUGCGGGAGAACCUUUCCCCUGGCACUGGCUUCGGCCGGGUUCUGGCCACCGACCGGGAUGCGGGCCUCAAUGGCCGGCUCACUUACCGCAUCCUGCACGCGGAGCGCAACUUCCAGAUUAACUCGCAGACUGGGGAAAUCAGCACCAGGGUGACACUGGACCGCGAGCAGCAGUCGAGUCACCAGUUGAUGGUACUGGUGCAGGACGGGGGCAUGCCAGCCCGAAGCACCACGGGCACUGUCCACAUCAGCGUGCUGGACGAGAACGACAACGCCCCCAGCUUCUCCCACGCCCAGCCCGGGAUAGGCCUCCUCAUGCAGGUGAUGGAGGUGCAGCCCCCCGGGUCCCUGCUGGGCACAGUGCAGGCAACAGACUCCGACGAGGGCGAGAACGGCACCAUCAUCUACUCCCUGUCAGGUCCCAGGGCAGAACGUUUCACCCUCAACCCCACCACCGGCGAGCUGCGCUCGGCCUCCCCCCUGAGCCAGUCUGACUGUGCUGAGUACAGCUUCACGGUGACGGCCUCGGACCGGGGCCUGGCCCCCCGCAGUGCUUCCACCGCAUUGCUUAUCCAGGUCCUCAGCUCUAGCAGAAACACCGCAAAACCCAAUUCUCUGUCCAUGAGCCUUAACUUCAUGGAGGGCCUGAAACCAGGCUCCGUGGUUGGCUCUCUCCGGUCAUCUGAUCAGCAGAAUGUUCCCGAAUCAGGGCAGGUGACCUACACUGUGGUGAGCGGCACCGAUCGGGAUGGGACGUUUGUGGUGGACCGCCUGACUGGUGACGUGUACCUGGCCCGGGAACUGGACUAUGAGCGGGGUUCCCGCUAUACACUCCAGGUGGAGGUAGACAACUUCUCACAAGCUUAUCCUAGCAGCCACAUGGUCCACCUGGACAUUGAGGUGCAGGACAGCAACGACCACACUCCGCGAUUCCCUGAGGACCUCGUCACCAUCGUCAUCCCAGAGAACAUGGAGCCUGGCUCCUCAGUCUAUACCUUCCAGGCAGUAGAUGGAGAUGGGAGUGGCCCCAACAGUGAAUUGCGUUACUCCAUCCUCCAGCGUUGGCCUGACAGUACUGACCUGCUGACUCUUGACCCGCUCACUGGGGUGCUAUCCCUGGAGCGAGGGUUGGACCACGAGGCUACCUCCUCCCUCUACCUAGUGGUGCAGGCCAUGGACUCGGCCCUCAACACCAGCCAGCAGCGCUGGGGUACUGUCACCGCUCGUGUUUUUGUGACUGACGUGAAUGAUAAUGAGCCAGCCUUCACUUCACCCACUGCUGUCAGCGUGAUGGAGGACCAGCCGGUGGGGUUUGUGGUGCUUUACGUCAUAGCCCGUGAUCCGGACAACGGGGAAAAUGGCAGAGUGUCCUACCACAUCCUCACGGGGAAUUCUGGGGGAAAAUUCACCCUGAACUCCAACACUGGUUCCCUGUCCAUCCUGAAGCCACUGGACCGUGAGGAACAAGACACAUACAACCUCACCAUCGUUGCCGAGGAUCAUGGGGCGCCCCGGCACACCGCCACUCAGGUCCUGUCCGUCCAGGUGAUCGACGUCAACGACGAGGCACCCCUCUUCGAGAAGAAUGAGUACCAGGCGCAGAUCCUGGAAAACCAGAACCCAGGGACCACUGUGCUGACGGUAUCCGCCUCUGACCGAGAUCAAGGGUCCAACAGCCGUCUCACCUAUGGGGGCAUUGUUGAGGAGUGUUUCACCAUCGACCCGAAAACCGGCGUCAUAGCUGCCACUAGGGCUUUGGACAGGGAGGUGCAAGAACACUACACAGUGACAGUGUAUGCAAAGGAUGGUGGAAUGCCACCCAACAUUGCCAAGGCAACUGUGACGAUUACAGUCCUGGAUGACAACGACAACAGACCUACCUUCACUGCAUCUCUCUAUAGCCUGGAAGUGCCUGAGAACAUGGAACCUGUGGAGCUCUUUACCUUGAGGGCCACAGAUCAGGACACGGGGGCCAGUGGAGAGGUGGAGUACAGGAUCACAGCUGGAGACCCAGCAGGAGAUUUCCAUCUGGACAGCGCCUCAGGAGUGCUCUCCACAUCCAGGCCUCUGGACCAGGAGGGAAAAGCCAACUAUGUGCUGACUGUGGUUGCCCAGGAUCAUGGGACUCCGUCUCUGCGAGGCACUGCUACCGUGGAGGUGUCUGUCCUGGACAUCAAUGACAACAGUCCAGAGUUUGAGCAGAGCAGCUACACCGUCGAUGUCCCCGAGGACACACCUGUGGGCUCCUUCUUGGUGAAAGUGACCGCCAUUGACAAGGACCAGGGCGACAACAGCAAAGUCCUGUACUUCCUGAGCAAGGAAUCACGCGGCACGUUUCACAUAGACCAGGACACGGGAAGGAUCACCACGGCGGUGCCGCUGGAUCGUGAGAGACUAGCCGCCUACAGCUUCCACGUCUUUGCAGUAGACUCGUCCCCAGCUGACCCCCGCAACGCGACGGCCGAGGUAUUCGUCAGCAUCCUGGACAUCAACGACAACGCUCCCUUCUUUGUCCAGGAUCCGCUCAUCAUCAAUAUCUCCAGCUUUGGCAUCCCCAGUCACCGAGUGGUGGCCACCAUGAGGGCCGAGGACAGGGACUUUGGUGCUAAUGGAUCUGUGUUCUACCGAUUCGCCAGCCUGGCACAAGGCUUCACUAUCAACUCCCUGACGGGGGCUAUCCAGGUGACAGAAAGCCUGCAGUCUCUGACCCAGCGACAGCGCACCCUGAUCGUGGAGGCUAUGGACCAAGGCAACCCAGCACAGUCAUCCCUGGGUGUGGUGAUCAUCUACAUCAAGGAGCAGGAAUACCAGGGAAUUCGCUUCUCUCGCAACACACGAGAUGUCAGCAUCCAGGAGAACGCAGCCAAAGGCACAGCUGUAGUGCAGAUCCAAGCCCAGCAUCCUGACGGCUCCCGCAGGGGCAUCAGCUACAGCCUCUUCAGCGGCAACCGGCACAAGUCAUUUCGUAUCAGUUCCACCACAGGUGAGAUAUUGGUUCAGAGCUCUGCCGGCUUGGACUUUGAGGAGAGCCCCAGGCUCCGCCUAGUGGUGAAGGCUGAAACUGCAUCAUCAAGCACCUUCAUGGCCGUUAACCUGAUCCUGCAGGAUGUUAAUGACAACCUGCCUCGCUUCCAGCUGCAGAAUUACAUUGCAUAUAUUCGGGAGGCUCAGGGAUAUGACUUCCCCAUCAUUCAGGUUGUGGCUGAUGACCUCGAUCAGGGUCAAAAUGGUCAGGUGACCUACUCCAUCAGGUCCUCCUCCAUGAGCAGCCUCUUUAGGAUCAACCCACUAACAGGCAGCAUCACCACUGUUGCCAUCAUGGACAGAGAGAUCUGGUCACAAGCAAAGCUUGUCGUCACGGCGACAGACCGGGGCACUCCCAGGCUGGCAGGUACUGCCACCCUGACCAUCAUCGUCAUGGACGUCAACGACAACAGCCCUACCAUCCCCCUGCCUCGCGAGGUCCGCGUGCCUGAGAACACCAUGAUCGGCACGGAGAUCACGCAGGUGACCGGAAACGAUGUGGAUUCAGGCCCACCCCUAUCCUACACGCUGCAGCUGGACAUCCACUCCCAAGGGAGGUUUGGGAUUCACCGCUAUGGGGGAGGGGUGUCCCUGACAGGCCCGCUGGACUUUGAGGAGCGGACCUGGUACACGCUGACUGUCCGCUCCUCAGAUUCGAGGCACCAGAGCGAGGCCAACAUAACAGUGCUGGUGGAGGAUGUGAAUGAUAACAGCCCCACAUUCACCCAGGAUCUGUACCAGGUAACUUUGCCUGAGUAUUCCGCACCGGGCAGUUCUGUUAUCACGGUAACCGCCACGGACCGAGAUUCUGGGGAGAAUGGAAAGGUCACGUACCGAGUGAUGUCAUCGACCCUGGAUGGUUUUUACAUCGACGCCAGCAAUGGCACUCUGUUUAUCAACCAGAAAGCAGAAUUUGACUCAGAGCAUCCUUCUAUCACUGUGGUGAUCGAGGCCCGAGACGGCGGGAUCCCAUCACUGUCCUCCAUCACCACCGUGCAGAUUCUGGUGACAGAUUUCAAUGACCACCCACCCAUGUUCCACCAGUCAAAGUACAGGGCUUCCGUGUCAGAGGAUAGUCUGCCCGGAGUUACCAUCCUCACCCUGGAGGCAGUGGAUGGAGACUUAUCACGGGAAAACUGCGGCUUCGACUUCACCAUUGCCAGCGGCAACGCAGGGAACACCUUCCAAAUCGAGAGCAGCGUGCGCUUCCUGGAGGGGCGGGGUUUCCAAACUGUGGGCACAUUCAUACUGGCUGAACAGCUGGACUUCGAGUCCCAGCCUUCUUACAACCUCACGGUCGUGGCGUCUGACCGCGGAGUACCACAGCGCAGCUCUAGCGUGGAGGUCAUCAUCACUGUAACCGACGCCAAUGACAAUCCGCCAGCAUUUAGCCGUACGGAGUACAGUGUGGCACUAAGCGAGGGGUCCCCCACUGGAAUGGAGGUCCUGCGCUUGACCGCCACUGACCCGGACUCUCCUGUGAACGCCAAAAUUCAGUACACUAUCAGCUCAGGGAAUGAGAUGGAGCUGUUCUCGGUGGACCAGUGGACAGGAAUCAUGCAGCUUCAGAGACCUUUGGACCGCGAAAGGCAGUCUGCCCAUGUGGUCAUCAUCCAGGCCUCCGAUGGCAAUGGUCACUAUGCCCUGGCUCCCGUCAAUGUAGAAGUGAAAGACAUCAAUGACAACAGACCUUAUUUCCCCCUGAAAAUGUUGACAGUAAGCAUCCGUGAAAACCAGCCACCCAAUGUAAUCGUCACCAUGCUGCAUGCUAUUGACUAUGAUGCUGGUGUCUACGGCCAGUUACAGUACUACAUGUUGGAAAAAUCUGGAGUUGGUAGAGAUGCCUUCACGGUCAACAAGACAUCAGGGGAGGUCCGGACUCGCUUGUCAUUUGACUAUGAGAAAGUCAACUCUUUCAGCUUUGUGGCUCAGGCCACAGAUCCCGGGAACUACUCGGCCACAGUCACCGUGCAGGUUUAUGUGACUGGCGAAGAUGAAUAUGAGCCAGUUUUCACCACAACAGACUUCUCUUUUAAGGUUCCUGAGGGAGCCAGGAAGGGGCAGAGCAUUGGGCAGGUGCAUGCCAGAGAUGAGGACAGUGGUGUAGAUGGCAUUGUGCUGUAUUCCAUCAACGGUUCACCAUACUUCGACAUCAACAAAACAACAGGUAUCAUAUUCCUGAAGAUGGACGGGUCGAGCACUCACACUGUUGGCGGACGCUCUAAGAGGGAGAUUCGGCAGAUGGACCUGGAUGUGAUGGCCCAUAGCCCUUUGGAGACCUCCCGUGUCGCUAUAGCACAGUUGACCAUUGACAUUACCCACACUUCUUUUGGCCUAGUGUCAGAUGUCAACAUGCUGCUUAUAAGCAUUGUGGCUGCUUCCCUGGGGUCCAUUGUUGUCUUAGUCAUCAUUGCCAUCAUCCUCGUCUUUUUGAGGUCAAGACGCCAGAGGAAAAAGGAGGAUGACCAUAACAGAACAGUGGCACCUGGCACUGUCUUGCAGAAGCUUGAUGAAUCGAGGGUGACUGGAGCUGAGAGAAUCUAUCAUCAGACGUUACCGGGAUACACCACUGAUCAGGGUGGGACGGGCGGAGUGCCAUAUCCCCGUGGAGGAUCCCUGGACCCCUCUCACUCCAGUGGGAGGGGCUCUGCUGAGGCAGAAGCAGCAGAAGAUGAUGAGAUCCGGAUGAUCAAUGAGUACCCACGAGUCUCCAGCAUCUCUUCCUCCAUGCAGGAGCACAUUUCUGCUCGGGGGCCUGAUUCUGGAAUCCAGCAGGAUGCCGACCAACUGUCAGAUACCUCUUGUGAGCCAGGGAUGGAGACUGGACAGUGGUUCAAAGGGAAGAAGCUGGGAGCGCUUAGUGGGACUUUGUUGCCUGGACAGCACCCCAUCUAUAGGGAUGAAGGUGGAGGCUACUUGAGUGUGGGAAGAGGGCUAAGUCUUUCACACCCCAAGGACUAUGCUUUUCCUGAAGAUGGGAAGCCAUCCGUAGAUGGGUCUCUCACAGCCAUUGUGGCCAGCGACGAAGAGCUUCGGGGCAGCUACAACUGGGACUAUCUGUUGAACUGGUGCCCCCAGUUCCAGCCCCUGGCCAGUGUCUUCACUGAGAUUGCCCGCUUAAAGGAUGAGAAUGCUCCACCCAGUCACCGUCGACCCUUUCAUCCCAAAGCAAAGACAGACCCUAAACCUAGAAUCGACCCGCCACCCCUCAUUACAUCUGUAGCCCAUCCAGGGGCCAAAUCUGUCCCUCCAAAGCCAGCCAUUGGACGGACGUUCCCACACUUGUUGUCCCUUCGGCGAUCACCCAUCAGCCAUGAUGGCUCCAUUUCUUCAACAGCCAUGUCCCCCAGCUUCUCCCCCUCGCUCUCGCCACUGGCGGCCUGCUCCCCCACCAUCUCCCCGUUUGGAGUGAGUCAGGGUCCCCCGACCUCCAUAAUAAGCACGGCAGAGCACUCUCUGGAGCAGGGUGAGGAGGCAGAGAUGAGGAUUUGACACCGCUGGUCUCAGGACACACUGUGAUACCUUAAUGCUAACAUAGUGUCAUUAUUCCCCUCCUGCCUGGUAUUGUUCUAGGGAGUCUUUAAAAAAGCACCACCUCAGUAUUUCAGUAGUGCUGCUCAGCCUCACUGGCUGGCCAGAGGGUUGAUGGCCUGGAACUGGUUCAGUUGAGCAUAUAUGUGGAUCAAGGUUUUUGGCGUCUCAAUGAAACCGUGUGGUCACCCUUUAUCAGUGAUCUCCUCCCUUCAAAUCCAAGUGGUGUUCAAAGACAUCUGCAACCACCCAGUUUUUGCACAUAUAGGGGGGCCAAGAUUGCUGAGUUAGUGUUAAAAACACUUUGUUUAUAUAUAUUUUUAUACUGAUUUUUGUUAAUGGAAAAUGUCAACUAUUCAUGCCAAGGGGCUGUCAUUUUGUUUGGUUAUACAUGUAUUUCUGUAUGUAAGAAGAGUUUGAAUGCUUGGUUUUGUUAAUGGGACAGUCAUUUAAUGUGUUCGUGAUUCUGAGUAUUUGCAACGUGUGACUGAGUACAUCUUCAUUUUAAUAUAUUUAUAAAAAAAGAGAUAAUGCUCGCUAGAAGAACAGAUACUAAUUCAGUUCUUGGUAUGCUGUAUAAUUUGACAUUUUUUUUCUUGGGGUUCACAGCUGAUGUGAAGGUGUUAGGCAUUACUAAGGCGCUUAGUGCUAAACAAAGGCAUGGGGCUCCCCACGUGGAAUGGAGGCUGGAAAUCUCCCUCAGAGAUGUGGCCUCGGCUUGUCACAAGAGAUUUUGAAGGCCAGGGUAUCAUUGUAUUUAAAGUCGACAUCCUGUAGAACAGUUCAGAAUUCUUGUGCCUGACAUGAGACGUCAACUAACACACCUUCAGCAAAGUGUUUGUGGCAGUUGAUGGCAGCUAUAUACUAAAAUCCCAAAGUAAACGUAUCAUAAAUGCUAAACAUAGUGACUCAGACACAAACACAAUCUUGAUGUACUAGUAAACUGGAAAAGCCUGGCCCUCCUCCAGCAGUUCUUCAUAAAUUCAAACUGAUGCGUUCUCUCAUUAUGUAAAUAGUUGUUUUUUUUCUUUUACAUCCAUCAAGAAUCACUGAGCUGAACAUUAUGGACAAGUGAAGAUUAUGUUUUCAUUGAUCAACCAGGUUAGGUGAGGGGAAUGUUUUGAAGAAUGUAUAUAUUGUUGACGUAGCUCAGUAGUCUAAGGAUAUUUCCCUUGUAUGUUCCCUCAAGUGGACUACGGUCUUGUUUACAUAACUUUGAUGGAUAUUUGCCUUUUUUCCCUAAGUGGGAGGACUAAGAAUUUUUCUAUAAUUCUGAACAUUGUUUUGUAGAAAUGUGUAAUUUAAUAAAGCUUUUUCAAUGACAAGACUAAAGCAGUUGGAGAAAAUAAAGCUGAGCAAAGAAAACAAUAAAUUUAGAAACACAAAAAAAA